CGUGGCCAAUUCCUCAGGGGGCCCCCUUUAAACACGGCAGGUUGAGGAGGUGCGAGGAGGUGGAGGACUGAAGGAGUUGGGGAGGAGAGGGAAGAAAUUGAGGAGGACGAGAAGGGUGAUGAGAGAAGAUUAAAUACAGGAGGAGGAGACAUGAAGAGGUGGAGGAGGAAGAGGUGGAGGGGGGCAGGCGGGAGUGAAGGAGAAGAGGGGAGGAGGAGCGGGAGAAGGGAGAGUGCAGUUAUCGAUUCGAUCCUCGUGGUAAAAUGGUGGACAACUCCACGCUGAAGUCACGGCUUGACCCGGAAGCAGACGGCCUGCCGAGGGUCCGGGCCCGCAAGGGCCGUCGUCACGGCGACGGGGAGAGCGACAGCGUCCACUCGGACUCCUCCGACUCCUCCAGCUCCACCUCGUCGGCCGCGUCGUCCACCGCGGCCUCCUCCGCCGCGUCGUCCACCUCGGCCUCGUCCGCCGUGACCGCGGCCGCAGCGGCGGCCGCGGCCGCGGCGUCCACCUCCUCGUCGGUCUGCUCGCCCUCGCCGCCCUCCAGCGCCGCUUCUGCCGAUUCCGGCGGAAGCGGCGGAGGCGGCGGUGGCGGCGGCGGCGGCGGUGGCGGUGGAGGCGGCGGCGGGAAGAUCCGGCGCGACGCACCCUGCCGGAAGGGCUCGCCCGGCGCCGCCUGCGCCAAGCGGUUCAAGCGCGCGGGGUCGAGCGACUCGGAGCGCAGCGAUGAGGGCUGCCCCCGCACGCCCACGGGGUCGCCCGACGGUGCCCAGCAGCCGCCGCUGGCGCCCGUCGGAGCGGAGCCGUCGCCCGUCGCUCGACGUGGCGCUCCGGCCGCCACCGUCGUCACCGGUGGCGGCGUGGCGCUGCUCAACCAGAGUCAGCCGCCGACGAAGGCCGUCGCCAAACCCAAGGCACCGGACAAACCGGCGGAGUGGCAGCCCGGGAACCGUAAGCAGCAGCAGCAGCAGCAGCUGGCGCCGGCAAGCGGAGCCUCGGAGGACACCGCGGUCACGGCACCGGCUCCCGACGACGGGAAGUACCGUGUUGGGAACAAGCCUGGGAAGGCGCGCUCUGGUCAGGCCUCGGCAGCUGCUAGCGGCGGCGGCGCCGGUAGCAGCGGCGGAGGAGGCGGUAGCGGCGGCGGUAGUGGCGGUGGCGGCGUGAGCCCCGGUCCCGGCUCUGCCUCGUCGUCGUCAGCCGGCCCGGCGCAGGGCCAGGGCUCGGGCCUCCGCUCGGCCAUCUCGAGCGGCGCGCGGCGACGGCGCACGCGCUGUCGCAAGUGCGAGGCGUGCGUGCGCACCGAGUGCGGCGAGUGCACCUUCUGCAAGGACAUGAAGAAGUUCGGAGGCCCCGGCAAGAUGAAGCAGUCGUGCAUCAUGAGGCAGUGCAUCGCCCCUAUCCUCCCGCACACGGCCGUGUGCCGCAUCUGUGGCGAGGCCGGCAAGGAGGAUGCGGCGGAGGGGGAGGAAGAGAAGUUCAGCAUGACGCUCAUGGAAUGCUCCAUCUGCAACGAGAUCGUCCACCCUGCCUGCCUCAAGAUCGACGAUAAGGAGGGAGUGAUCAACGACGAGCUGCCUAACUGCUGGGAGUGCCCAAAGUGCAACCAGGAGGGCAAGACUGGAAAGCAGAAGCGCGGGCCCGGCUUCAAGUACGCCUCCAACCUGCCGGGCUCGAUGCUGCGCGAGUGUGGCGAGCGGCGACGCUCCGAGCAGGACGACGCCUUCCCGCGCCGGCGCUCGGACGAGGCGCUCAAGCGCGAGCACGCUCGCUCGGACGAUGACGACUCGGACGCAGACUCGCGCUUCGGCAGCGUCGGCGAGGACGACGACGACGACGACGACGGCGGCGCCGACGAGGAGGAAGAGGAGGAGGACGAGGGGCGCCGGCGCGACAGGGACGAGGACGAGGAGGCGGCGGCGGCGCUGGAAGUCUCCGAGGCGGUGGCCGAGUCUGUGGCGGCCGCGGGGGCGGUGACGCCGACCGUCCCGGCCGCGAGCGAUGCCGCGAUGCUGUCGGACCACUCUCCAGCGUCGCCGCCGUCGCCGGCCGGGUCCGCGUCGUCACCGCCGCCGCCGGAGCCGCCGCCGCCUCUGCCGACCGCCGCCGUCGUCGCCGCCUCUGCUGCUGUCCAGCACACGCCGGCCAACGCCAACCGCAAGGGCACGGAGGACGGAGUCGUCGUCUCCAAGAAGAGGAAGGAGGUGGACGGGGUGCAGCAGCCACUCGGGCAGAAGAAGAAGGUCAAAGUAGAGAAGGCUGAAAAGCUUCUGAGAAAAAAGAAGCAGAAGGCCGUGGAGGUGAACAAUGGCCGCGUGGACUCAGGCCACCGGAGGGAGGGCCCGGCGGCCUGGCUCGAGAGGAGAGGCGUGGCCUCGGAGCAGGGCCGCGCGUGGAGGGGGACCGACAAGCAGUCGUCCGCCGCGCCUGACGCGCCCGCCGCCGCCGCUGCUGCCGCGGCCGCCGGGCCCAGCGGUCGCGAAAACGAGCGGAAACCCAACAAACACUCGCGCGACGCUGCCACGGCCGUCAUCACCGGUGGUGGUAGUGGCGGCGGUGGUGGUGGCGGCGGUGUCACCGCUGGGGAGCACCGUUCCAAAACGAGAGACGCUAACGACCGCGUGAGGCCCGCCAAACUGCACGCGACGAGCAAAGCUUCCUCCUGGGGCCUCCACAAACCCGAACAGAACUCUGUCGGCAAUAGCAGCGCGGGUCGCAAUAACGCCAACAACAACAGCAGCAACGGCAACAGCGGCGACGGCGGCGGCGCCAACAGCACGAACAAAAACCACCGCGCGCCGCUGGUGAAGUCGGAGGAGGAUGGCGAGAAUGGCAAUAACCGGACGCCACGUUUGUUCUCGAGUAGCGAGCGGCUGCAGAAGGCGGCCAAGAGCCUCAACGGGAUUCCCCGCGGCGGCCCUGCCGCCAGGCAGCCGCAGCAGCAGCAGCUGCAGCAGUUGCAGCAGCAGCAGCAGGCCGCGGGGUUGGCGCAGGCGCCGCGGCUGUGCGGAGUGAACGCGCGGCUCGGUGGCCUCCCGCGGCCGCCUUCCUCCGUGUCGCCGCCCAAGCCGCACCUACUGGAGAGGCACGUGAUCAAGCCGCCGCUCGUGAGCCCGCCGCCUGACGCCCUGCCGCUGGGCGACGGCGGCUCGCACCCGCUGCGGCGCGAGGCCUGGCUCGGCGUCUUCCGCUUCCUGUCGCACCGUGACCUCUGCGUGUGCAUGCGCGUCUGCAAGACGUGGAACCGAUGGUGCUGCGAUCGGAGGCUGUGGGCCAAGAUCGACCUGAGCCGGUGCAAGUCUGUGACUCCGCUCAUGCUGAGCGGCAUCAUCAAGCGCCAGCCCAGCGCUCUUGACCUCAGCUGGUCCAACGUCUCCAAGAAGCAGCUGGCCUGGCUCGUCAACCGGCUGCCAGGCCUGAAGGAGCUGGUGCUGUCGGGCUGCCCGUGGGCGUCGGUGUCAGCGCUGUGCGGCGCCAGCUGGCCUCCGCUGCGGGCGCUCGACCUGCGCUGGGCCGAGGGCGUGAAGGACGCUCACAUCCGCGACCUCCUGUCCCCCGACUCGGACUACACGCCCGGCGCGGAGGACCGGCUGCGUGGCGUGUCGGAGCUGCGUCUGGCCGGCCUGGACAUCACGGACGCGAGCGUGGCGCUGCUGGUGCGCCUGGCCGCGGGGCUCUCCACGCUCGACCUAGCGCACUGCGCGCACCUCACGGACCAGGCCGUCAACGUGCUGACGGCGCCCGGAGCCCCCACUCGCGACACCCUGCGCCACCUCGUCCUGGCCGGCUGUGCCCGCAUCACGGACGCGUGCCUCCCACUGCUGGUGCGGUGCCCUCACCUUUCCCGCGCCGACCUGCGCUCCUGCAAGCUGGUGACGCCCGAAGCCUGCCAGCGCCUCGUCACAGAACUCUGCCCGCAGGGCACCUUUGCGCUGCCGGAGGACCGGCUGAUCCUGCGAGUGACGAGCACUGGCAGCUAGGGACCGGGGCGGAUUGGGGGGGGGAACGGGUUGGAAUAAUGGACGCAAGCGGGGGUCAUACGGAGGAGGUGCGUGAGUGCGCAUGCCUGUGCGUGCGCGUUUGUCCAUGGGAUGUUUGCGUAUGGAAUUUGCUACAAUGUUUGCUGUAUUUGCUUUGUAUUUUUUUCUCCAUCCGGACCCCCCCCCCACACCUGGUCCCCCCCCCCUCCCCCGGCACCAUCACACUCCUUAAAGGAAACAUGUACAUCUUACAAAUAUAUAUGUGCGUGCGCGUGCGUGUGUAUAUAUCUAUUUUUUAGGCUGGGUUGUACUUGGACCAUUCUCUCGGGAUUUUGUAAGUACGCGAUUGUAUGUAUGUAUAUAUAUGUGCGAAUGAAGGACUGACUAUGCGUGUGAAUUUCCAAGUUCCUUUGAACGACGUUUUUUUUUUGCGCCACUGAAACUUGGAACCCAGCACGCGGUUUCCCCGCCGCCGCCAGGCAACGCUGGCGCCGGGGACCGUGCCAGCCGGGACAGGGCAGCUGCUGUACGAGUCGUGGUCGAUGGGGUUCAUGGCAUUUUACUAAAUAUUCAUUUACAAAAGUUUGCGGAGGGUGGGGGGGGGGUGCUUUGAUGCGAUUGGCAGUUUGAGGAGAAGGGGUGGCACUGAGCGUGCGUGUGGCGGUGGUCGGUGAGCACGUGUGAUUUUUUUCUACGCCUGCAAGUGUAUUUUUGUACGUGAGUGAACGAGGUUGUGUGUGUUUUGCGCGCUUAUUUGCAGGUGAUUGAACGAGCGAGUGUGUUUUGUAGUCGUUGCACGUGGGAGUGUGUCUGCGUAAGUGCCAACGAAUAAGUGUGCGCGCAAACGAGCCUUUCAUUUCGAGUGCGGUUGAGUGUAGGCGCUGGUGAGUGAACGUGUGUUUUUGUGCAUAGAUGUGCAUUGGCGCGUGUAGUUGCGUGUGUAGAUGCGGUGUAGGUGUGGGUGGGUGAGUGAGCGAGCGGACCUCUGUUAUUGUUGUGGCUUGCCUGUAUGCUUUCUCAAUAGUGAAUGCGUGCAGGCGUGUUGUCAGUGUAUGUGAGUGAGUGAGCAACUGAGCGCACGUGUUUUGUUGGUAGAUGUGCGGGUGUGUGUGUAGGUGUAAGUGAGCGUGUGGGUCUGUGUGUGUGUGUGUGUGUGCGUGCGUGCGUAGCGGUUCCCACGCUGCGCUACGAACCCGGCGACCCGAGUUCAAUUACUGCUCACGGCCAACACCAGUGAUUAUUAUCUGAACCGGUCCUUGAUCGCUCCCCUACCGAGUGAGGUGUGUAAAAUCAUCGCCACUGGGGAGACAAAGGCGGUUGGGCGUGGUGCUGGCCACCCACCCCCUCGUGUACCGUGCUGGCCUUCAUAGGUGCUCACUAAACAGCACUUGUCCCAACAGUCUGUUAAGGCUAUACGGGGGAUCUUUAUUUUUGUCUUUUGAGUGUGUGUGUGUGUAGGUGUGAGCGAGUGUGCGAGUGCCGUGUUGGUCGCUGGGAGUGGCCGGUCCACCAGGGCUGGCCUUGUGCCUCUGCUGUCGGGUGCUGAGCUGAGUGUGAGGGUGCUGAGCUGAGUGUGAGGGUGGUGCGCUGAGUGUGAGGGUGGUGCGCUGAGUGUGAGGGUGGUGCGCUGAGUGUGAGAGUGGUGCGCUGAGUGUGAGGGUGCUGAGCUGAGUGUGAGGGUGGUGCGCUGAGUGUGAGGGUGCUGAGCUGAGUGUGAGGGUGCUGAGCUGAGUGUGAGGGUGGUGGUGGUGAGGGUGGUGGUGGUGGUGGUGGCGGCGGCCGUGCGCCUCUCAAUGUGAAUCCGUCAUGAUGCCUCUGCUUUGUGGCCCAGGCCAUUUCACUGGACCAGAGUCCUUAACUAACAAACAAACAAAAAAUCCUUAAAAAAAUAUACCAAUAAUGUACGUACUAUUUUUGACUGAACUCUGUAAAUACCUGUUUUGUACGCCGCUUUAUAACUAAAAGAGGAAGUUGAGCUUUGCCCGAAAGUACUUGAAUAUUUUCAAGGAAAAUAAACUGCUUCUGAUACCACGUGAUCCAACGGGUUAUCCACUGUCAGACCUGCCGAGGCCCCCCAACGUAGGCCUGCGACGUUACACGAAAAUGUCUAGUUACAUCGACGAGAACAUUUUACAGAGGCGCGAGAGCGAAAUGGGGAACUGAAAUAGUGUUAAUUGAACGAGACGUUCUGCCAUCAGCGAGAGGGUGCCGACACUCGGAGGGGGUUGUAUUUCUCUCCGGGUCAUGAGCCUUUUUUUUGGCACGGAAGAUCAGCAGUGGUGGCGAGUCGCUUUGUUUUUUUUGGAAAGGUUCCUCUUUGUGGAGUUUGUAUUUUUUUUGUCGCCCCACCGCCCGGUCCUCCUCCGAAGCUACACAAACAUUACCACGCAUGCUAAACAGACGGGGCGACCGCAAGACAGCCCUCCGCUGCCAGCUCUCGCCCGAUCACGGCUCAAGUCAUGCUUGAAAUUAAAACCGUCGACAUGACGCAGCCGUUCAUCAUUUCGCCUGCAAAGACCGUGCGCGUGCACGCUUGAGCGCACGCACGCUGACACCGUGCGUGCGUCCACGUGCGUGCACGCGGGCACACUAUCGUGGGUUAUUCACAAAUCUAGCACAAGAUUUUCCUUACGUCCGCAUCUGUCACCGUCCACUGGAGGGCGUUGUUCGUAACUUGAGCCAAUCUCACGGGACCCAGGGAACGUCGUGCAGGAGGAGAGAUUUGGUGUGUGCCUCUGUGUGCCCGUCCCUGCCGCCUCACUUCCCCCAGCCCCCCCACUACCCGCAAUCCUCGCUCCUUAUUAUCGAGGCCAUCUCAAAUCUAUCUCCCUCUCUGCUGCACCAUGUUCCGUGGCCCCGACAGGAGUUGCUGAGAAGGAGAAUAUGACUCCCUGCAGUGAACAUCGGCAGCGUGGAAUAGAACGCUGCGUUUUUGCUGAGGUACAAAACCUGACAUUGCGAAACUUCUCCUUAAGGUGUGAGUGAACGCCUUUGUGUGCCGUCUUAUGUCCACGUUUAGGGGCUGCAUUUGUAAAUGACAUUCAUUGAAUAAAACGUUUUGUAAAUUAU